CCAUUAUUGCUCGCGCCAGUUAGUUCCUUUAUCUGCCUAGUACACAAUGCAAAAAUGGUGCCUUUAAAUUAUUCUUCCGGCCGUCUUUUUUGUAAAUUUUCGAUUCUUCUUUUGUCAAUAUUUCUUCUUUUUUGGAUAUUUCUUGAAAAGCAACAAUUGUCGGUUAAAACAGAAGAUUUGCAAGUUCAGCUACGUUUUGCUAAUGAACAUAUUAGCUCGUUAAGUGCUCAAAUCAAUGUCCGUUUCCUUUAA